GAGAAAGCUCAACUUCUAUGCGAGCGUGCUGCACACCAGAUGCUCCGCGAUGGUGAUUGCACUCUGGAGAUCACCAAUGCCAAGGAACACUUCUCUCAGGCUAUGAGCUUGGCUGAGGCUGAGGUUCCAAUACGGCGAGAGAAAGCGCAACAAGCGGCCGUCAGACAGAGACGUACUGGUGAACGUCGUUGCCUGGCCGAAGAGGCGGAAAAGAGAGAGCUCGCUGCCGAUGUGGCUUGGAAUGAGCAAGUUCAUAGCAUUGCCGUCAACGUUGCCUUUCCAACCCAGCCAAAACUGCAGGUUGACGAACUCGAAGUUGAUGACGGCUCUGAUGACGAUGAUGGCGAGCUUGACAUUAGUGAUCUGCGCUUCGGGACAUUCGCUCACGUGCGCAGCACACGGCUGGCGGUGCAUUAGCAUGGUAACAAGUUUGUCAUGGAGUCGCAAGCGCAAGCGGGUGGUUCUCAUUCACACGUUCUGCCAUCUCAUAUUUGCGUUCAAGCGGUCGUUUCAAUGUUUUCACAUUUCAGCGUGGGCGUUGGGAGGGAGCAUCAACCACGCAGCAUUAGCAGGGUGCUGUCGGGAUGGAGGCCUGGACUGGAAGUGAAGUGCUGGACAUGGAUACGGACACAGGUUGGAUGAUGUGCACGCUCGUUGCCAUCUCGGUCAGAUGAUCUACUUAGUCGUUAUGAUUAAAUGCAUCUCAUUGGGUUCUGGUCGG